GUCGAUGAGACGUGAAGUUUCUUAAAUCUUAAAACACUUGAAAACCGUUAUUAAAAUAGGUAGUUGAUAGAGAUAAAAAAUUGAGUCAUUGCUCGGAAUAUGUUUUCUGGUUGAAUCUCUUGACUAUCAUUACAAUAAAUUCUUCAUCAUAAGAUUUAGUUAUUGGAGAAAGAAUUAAGUGUUUGGCAUAAGUGUUUUAUUCUAGAUCAUAAGAUUUAUUUUGCUUUCGACUAUCAUAUGAAUAAUGAUCAUUAGCAAAUUUGUUAAGAGACUAUUGAAAGAGUAAAAGUAUUUCUAGAUUGAAAAGUAUUUAAAAUGUGAAUACUCAAGCAAUUUUUCAAGUUUUUAGGAAUAGGUAGACCAGUGUACACCAGUGUAUCUCUUACUUCUAGAAAAGAAUGCAGUACAAGUUUCCAUUAACAUUCUUUUCCAGUUAGUGGAUUCGUAAAAAACGUUUCUGACUUAUCUGAAUUGAACUGCUUGAUUGGUUUGUACUCCCUCACCAUAUUUACGGUCAACAGACUGAUACGAACAUGGAGAUUCCGCAUGUCCUUCAGGAUUAUGUUCGAUGAUAUGCCCUGCGUUGACUGGAUUCUACAGUUGUGCUGGAAUAUAUACUUGGCCAGAGAAAGCAAGGAGUAUUCUCUGGAAGAAGACUUGUAUGCAAAAUUGGUGUUCAUCUACAGGUCACCUCAGACUCUCAUAGAGGUCACGAGACAUUCGCCCGAUAAGUAUAAGAUAAAGGAUGAGUGAGGUCGUUUCUCUAUAUGACUUCCUUUAGUUAUAUAUUUUAUAUUAUCUAAUACACUCUUAGCUCCUUUGAAUGUAUUUGGUUUCAUAAGAGUUUAGAGCGGGUAGAUUUAUUUCAAAUGUAUAAUAUUAGUAUUUUUAAAAUAGUCUCUAAUUAUAUGUUAUAACAGCUUACAUUCUCAAGAUAGUUUAAGGUGGUUGGAUAUUUUUUAUAAAUGGAUUAAACUUCCU